CAUAACCGAAAGAUAUUCAGUUUAUUGUCACAGAGAAAGAAAGAUAUCAGAAAAUAUUCAGUUUUAGUAAAUUAGAAUCAGACAAUUUUGACCUUUUUUUCUUAAAAAAAACUCAGAUCAAUUAAUUGAUCAUGAAAAUAUCUUAUGAUUUAUUUAAUAAAUUAAAAAUAAUCGAUUAGUUGUUGUAGCUCGAAGAAAAAUCCACUUUAUUGAAAACAGAGCUUAUGGAGCUGUAUGCUACAUAGUUUUUUUUCUCUGUCUUAAAUUCUUGAACAUUCAGUUGUUGCUAUGUCCAUACACACAAAAGACAAAUAGAAAGAAAACACAUGAUUAUAUUCAAACAAAAAGAAUAUUUAACAUCAUUUAAUCUUAAAACACCUUCUGUUGGCAAUGUCAGUGUAGAAUAAAAUACUAAAAUGAUGACUGGUUUCUAAUGAGUAGAUUACAGCUGGUUAUUGUUCUAUGCCUCAUGUUUGAUAUCAGUAAGUGGUGACAUUAGUGAAACAUAAACCUUGUAGUUUGGUUCAUUAGAAUCUACUCCAAAGUUCUCCAACAUAAAAACAUUUGCAAAAUAAACAACCUGAGCCCCCCCAAAAAGGCAAAAAUAUAAAUAAUAUCCAUAUCAAAAUAUUUAAAUUUUUGCAAAAUACGAAAAGCAUUUUGUACUCUUACAAUGUUUGGUUAUUUUUAUUUGAAUCAGGAAAAAAAGUUUUUACAGGUUUUCACCAUCUAGUCAAAUCAAGACAGUAUCAUUUUACACGUAAAUUUUUUUAAAGGCCAAAACUGUAUUUAUAAUGUGCACGUCAAAAAUGUGUAUUUUUUUAUAUAUAGUCAUUUAAUCGCAUCGUUUUACUGUACCUCAUCUAAAAACAUCAUUAAUUUACCUGGCACUAUUUUUAUUAUUUAAACAGUUUUUGAAUAUUACAACAUUCCGGAUUUAUGGCACCUUGGCAGCCAAACUUUUUACUUUUAUUAUUAUUUAAUUAACAUUAUGCAUCCCUUAAUACGAACCACACAAGAUAGACCCAGUAAAGCAUUCAGUUCUGCUGCCAUCCUGUCUGUCAAUAAAACUUUUGCUACAUCUAGUGAGAAAUAAAGUAUUUUUUCUUCCCAAAGGUCAACAAGUUGAAGUUGUUAUCAGGGAUUAUUUAACCCUGAAGAGGUGACAAACAAAUUCCUACACGUUGUGCAAUCCUCUUACGGAUCUGGAAAAUAAAGCGUGGAAAAAUCGUGAACUCUACUUAUAGGGACAAUGGACAGCCAAUGGAAAGUCUCCGUCAGAGAAAUCACACGAAGGAGUGGAGUCCUUAAGAUGGCCCAGUUAAGCAACACGGAGGACACUCAAUCUGCUCAGUGGCAACAUUAAUUAAUGCUGACACUGUGGUGGCUAACCGAUCAGAAAACACUUCGACAGCUAGACUCUCAUUGCUCUAAAGCACGUUACUGAUUGUUAAACCUGGCAUGAUUACUGACAACAGAUUGGUAAUAUGUUGGUAUGGGAGCUCCAACACAUGAUCAGUAAAAUCCAAAUCUGCUGCGGGUCUGAUGGACGCAUGACGAGGAUCAUUCUCAACCCACCAAUGUCCCCCCCUGACCCCGUGUAAAUAUGUUUAUUUUUCAGCGUACUCACGGGGAAUGGAAGGCUCGAUCUCCCAGCUCACUUCAGGAUUAUAAACAACCCCCCUCCCCUCCCGCAAUGGUAUAAAUACUGAAGGUGCGCCACUCUCAGCUCAGUCUUUACGCGCACUGGUAUAGUCCAUAUUACGCACGGAUCGAGCUUUUACCGGAGUUCGUGUUAAAGCAAUCAGAGAGUGCAUUCUCAGUGCAACUUCUUUCAUUUUCCUUCAAAACUUUCACGGGAAACAUCAGAUCAUGUCGGUGGUGAGCGCAGUGCCGUUCAUGAAGCCCCUCCACAUGCGCUCUCCGGUGCCGCAGGGUCGCCGCCACACGCUGCCGGCCAGCGAGUUCCGCUCCCUCAGCCCGGAGGACGCCAUCAGUGUGUUCGAGAUUGAACGAGAAGCCUUCAUCUCGGUGUCCGGCGAGUGUCCACUCCACCUGGACGAGGUGCGUCACUUCCUCAGCCUGUGUCCUGAGCUGUCUCUUGGCUGGUUCGAGGAGGGACGGCUGGUGGCUUUUAUCAUCGGCUCACUCUGGGACCAGGAGAGGCUUACCAUGGACGCUCUGACUCUCCACAAGCCCCAAGGCCCCACCGUCCACAUCCACGUCCUGGCCGUCCAUCGGACCUUCCGCCAGCAGGGGAAAGGCUCCAUCCUGAUGUGGCGCUACCUGCAGUACCUGCGCUGCCUGCCCUACGUCCGCCGCGCUGUGCUCAUGUGCGAGAAUUUCCUGGUUCCCUUCUACCAGAAGUCAGGCUUCAAGGUUCAGGGCCCCAGCGAGAUCACAGUGGGACCCCUGACCUUCACCGAGAUGUUCUACCCAAUCAGGGGCCACGCCUUCAUGCGGCGUAACAGUGGUUGUUGAAGGCCGAGGGACUUAAAGUGGAUCUUUCCUGGCUGUUUGUGAUGGUGAGACCCCACCUCCAGUGGAAACAGAAAAGGGGACACAUGAGCAGUUUAGCUGUGACCGGUGCAGUGAUAGUGUUUGAGAUCAUCACUGUGAGUGGAACUUGCUCAGCAGGCAGUGAGGUGUGAAAUCUGAAUUCUGGACAGAGCUGAAAACAAAGAACUGCCAUCCAGCUGCAAACAGCUGCUUGGAAAAGUGGUCGGAAACAGAAAAGAUGUCGAGCUGUAUUUUAGUGUGUCUGUAAUCAUUAGAGCAAAUUCAGCUUUUUUUCCAUAUAAAGCUAUUUUGAUAAAUGCUGGACAUUUAUUAAUCAUAGAAUGCAGCUGCCUUGUUUGUUUAUAUAU